CGGGGCGGCGUGUCAUGGCGGCGGCUCUGAGCGGGAUGUUUACAAACCAGCCGCCGGGACCACCUCCCCCUCCGCUUCCCCCUGGCGGCCCCGGACAGGCCGGUCUCCUCCCGGCCGCCGCGGGGCCGCGCAACCCCAACAGCACGCUGGUGGACGAGCUCGAAGCUUCCUUUGAGGCUUGCUUUGCUUCACUUGUGAGUCAGGAUUAUGUGAAUGGCACAGAUCAGGAAGAAAUUAGAACUGGUGUUGAUCAAUGUAUCCAGAAAUUUCUGGAUGUUGCGAGACAAACUGAAUGUUUUUUCCUACAAAAAAGAUUACAUCUGUCUGUCCAGAAACCAGAGCUAGUUAUUAAAGAGGAUGUUUCAGAAUUGAAAAACGAAUUGCAGAGGAAAGAAGCACUAAUUCAGAAGCAUUUGGGUAAACUGCGUCACUGGCAGCAGGUUCUAGAAGACAUGAAUGUACAACACAAAAAACCUGCAGAAAUGCCUCAAGGACCAUUAGCUUAUCUAGAACAGGCUUCUGCAAAUAUUCCUGCACCCAUGAAGCAAACAUGAUUAAGAAAGAUGUUUGAAUUUAGAUCUUUGAGUAGUAUUUUAACUUAAAGUGAAAUGUAAUAUUGAUCUUUCUACCUUGUAUAAUAUGUGAUGUAAUUUGUAAUAUAAAAUAGUGUUUUAUACUACGACAGUGAGACACAACUAAGCAUAAAAUAAAUGGGGAAGAAUCUGUAGUUUUUUAACUUUUAUCAAAGUAUGGAUUGUUUUUACAUGCAAACUGAACAAAUGCUCAUGUAUGUCUUGUAUUGUAGUCAGAAUACACUUGCAUAGAAUAUGCUAAAAACCCCUCCUAUUAUUUGGGAAACUGACAGAGCAGUCCUAAUGUAGCUAAAGUCCAGUUAAGGCACUAUAGAUAUAGAAGUACUUGCAGAGCUUAUUUGUUCAUCUCAAGUGAAGCCUUAUAUAUUGUUUUCAUGGUGAGCGUUACCUAUGAUUCUGGAGAAAUAGUGCAGACUUCUUAUUGCUGAGACUGAUUGGUCAAAUAAAUCAAAGCAAGGAUUUUCUGUUGAGCACUACUGCUAUCUGUGGCAUAGGCACUUGCCUUCGCUUGGGUGGGGAAUGUGUUUUAAAUGUGUUUAAAAAUACGUCUCUUUUCCUAGUGUAGACAUAGCCAGAAGGAGCUGAUGGGAUGUUGGUGCUAAUGGGAAAAUGCUCUGGCAUCUGAUGCUUUUAAAAACUUGUAGAAGAGCUUCCUGUUGGAAAGGGAUGGAGAUAUGGUUAAUAUUUCCCAGUCAUCCUCAUCUAAGCAUAAUGCCUGGCAUUUUCUACCCUUCCCCUGGCCUGUUUCUACAAAUAUAUGGUGCCUUCUUUUCCUCCUGAAACUCAGUUUAUACCCACUCAGUUUAAAGGUUUGGCACCUUGGGAGAAUGUUGUUGGCUUUCCUCAUCAAAGCAGAUUAGCUGAAGUAGCUAGAAAUUGAGUGUUCUCAGUUUCAGGCUGCUGCAGCUGACAUGAAAAGCCAGUGGAGAAAUACUGCCUGAUUAUAUACUAUUGGCUAAUUAGCUGAGACACUGUAAGUGAGGGAACCAGACAGCUUGUCUGCUCUGUGCUUGCCAUUAUGCUCUCAGAGCAUUGUUGCAGGAGAGAAUGUAAACUCAAACUCCCUUUAGAGAGUAGGUUUAAAUUAACUUCACUCUGCCAUAAGUGGGGAGAAGCUGCAACGCAGGAGAAACAACUCCAACUUCUGGAGCUAAAUGUUCUCUCAAAGCCUCUCUUCGAACCACUGACUUAAGGAAGCCAUCUGCUUUACUUGGACAGUACUUGAAGUUUCCCAUUUUCCUGUAGAGACUGCUACCUAUUUUCACACAAGGAAUGGGCAGGCUGCCAUAAAGUAAGUCAGUAACAAACUCCCAUUGAUUGCUGCAAGUACAGGACUGAGUUACAGGAUGGUUGCUUUUUAAAUUAACUCAAUCUAGUCUGUCUAGGCAUGUAUUUCACACUUAACUACUAUGUCCAUUUUUGUCUGUCCCUGUGAAAUGCGAGGGGGAACUCCCUGAGUGGAAAAAGGCUUUCAUCUACCUGAAAAUGACUGAAUGAUAAGAAUCUAAGUAACUAAUGUCUGUCCUUUGUGGGAUGUUGGAGUGGUUUUACUGCUAUUUGUCAUAAGGCUUCUAGUUGUUCAUUGGACUCGGAUUUUGAAAAUAUUUUUUUCACCUUAAAAAGCUCAUUUUGCUCUUACAUCUCUCACUACAUGCACUACUGCUCCAAUUUAUUAACUAGUAACUCUUUCAUUGCUGAUCAUUUUAGCAGAAUCAUCCUAAAAUAUUGAUUCUUCAGUCCCAAACCCUCCCCCCAGUUCCCACCUACUCAACUACCAGAUAUGUUGCUCUACUCAUAAUACUAGUAGCUGUAUUGUAAGUACAAAAAAAUAGUUGGCUUACUAAAACCCAAAAAUAUGGCCUUACAGGAUUGGGCAGCAGCAUAUGCUUCCAAGACUAUCGCUUUGGGAGAGACCUCUGCUGUCGGUUUUUAAAU